ACUGUAAUUUUUCAAGCUCAACACCCAAAACACUGAAUGCAUGAAGGGUCUGUGAUGAAGAAUACAGAGUCCGGGAAGAGAUUAAAAAAAGUGUUUUUUUUUUUUAAAGAAAAAGGAGAAAUCUUAAGAGAUUGUUUUUUUGGAGGGUCGUCUGAUUGAUUUAUCGAGGAGGGAUUUCUUUUAAAUUACAUGGAGAUGUGCGCUUGAUCCAUCGUUUUUACAUCCUCAGACUUCUCGGGUUCCUCAAUCUACUUGUUUUUUUUGUUCUUCUGCGGAAAAAUCGAUAAUAACCGACCGGUGUUUGGCCAUGUUGUGGAGCGUGGAAAAUCGGGACCGUAGAUUUGUCAUCCGAUUCCGAUUCUAACUUUAUCUUCUUCUGAUUCUAUAUCUACCAGUAUCUCAGCUACCCUUUUCGCUUUUGGGAAGCGAGCGAGAGAGAGAGAGGGCUCCGGAGAGAACACGGAGUCGCCGGCGAGCGGAUUUCUGUCGGAAGUGUCUUGUCGGAAUUCGAUCGAAGCUCCGGCGACUCUCUGUGUUUUCGUUCCCUUUGUCUCUGUCUUCUACUGCUCCCUCCUCAUCUUCAUCGCUCUCUCUUCUGGUUGGAGCAGCGGUUAACUCCGGCGGCUGCAUCAGUUUCCAUGCGCUUAAUGCCGAAAAGGACUUGUUCAGGAGUAGAGAUUUUUGGAGGAUUUCUUCAAAUUGAUUCGCAGUUGAUUCCUCCACCGGAUUUUUCUUUCCAGUUUUGUUGAUCAAAUCUCUCUCUCUCUCUCUCUCUGGCCAUCUGAACCAAUAAAUCGUUCAGUGAGUGAAUCCCUCCGAUAAACCCUUCCCGGUUUGUUGUCUGAAGGCCAAAAAAGAUGACGAGGAAGAUACGUAUCGUUGUGAAUGAUCCUUACGCCACCGACUGUUCCUCGAGCGAAGAUGAGAUGAUGGGCCGGGAGAAAGUUCCGAAAUUGAAACGUCUUGUUCGUGAGAUCAACCUUCCCAUCUAUCAAGCUGCUCUGUCAGAACCCCAAGCUUCAUCUUGUCGGGGUGGAACCAAACCCAAAACUCCAACUUGGAACAAGAAGUCGCCGAGCAAAAUCUCUCGGGAGAGACGAUCUGGUGGAGUCUCGAAGCCAAUAGGAGUGAGGCAGAGGAAAUGGGGGAAAUGGGCCGCUGAGAUUAGACACCCAAUCACAAAAGCUCGAACUUGGUUGGGAACUUAUCAGACACUGGAGGAAGCAGCCAAUGCCUAUGCUUCUAAAAAGCUCGAGUUUGAUAGCUUGGCAUCUGGUCAAAACCCUAACCUUGGUGAAAGCUCACUGUCGAAUUCAAAUGCUUCCCAUGAAUCAGAUUCUUUGGCCUCAGCCUCAGCCUCAGCUUCAAGGUCCAACGAUGUCGAUUGCAUUAAAAAGGCAGCGGCGGCUUCCGAACCUGGUGAAUUGAUCAAAGGAGCGUUUGAUUUCAACUUCGCAGAUGUGCAGAUUCCAGAACUGGGCAGCUUCAUGGACGAGCCUCUGCUCUCAAAUGCUUCUUCUGAGCUUGAGUUUCUCUUCAUGGAAGAGAGUGGUCAUUUCUUGGAUGAUUACUGCUGCAUUUAUGAUGAUGAUGAUCAUCAUAUGGACAUGCCAAAGCGCGAUUUCUCCGACAUUGAGAUCGAUCUCUCCGAUCACAAGUUGAACCCCCUCGAUAUCGCAUGCCCCAUAAGUUUUUGCAGUUAGGCUUUAGUUUGUACUCUGUUCUAUGUUAUUACAGCUUUUGUUUUUACAUAUACAGCAGGAACCAUGAAGACUGGUUCAUAGGGACAAAGCGGUUUUGUUCACUUAUGUUGUGUUUUUGUUAAAGUUAUGUUCGAGUUUGAGAGAUAUUACAUGUUCAUCUUUGUAAGGAUUUUGCCUUUUUCUUGAGGUUAUAAUAUGAACCCUGUAAAACCAUUUUGUUAGGGUUUAGGGUUUUGUCUUAAUUUUGGGUUUUGAUAUUA